AUGGAAGAAGCAGCACUGGAACCAGCAAAUGAUGAUGGUAACAAAGAAAACGAGUGUGCAGGAGGAACUGCAACAGAGACAGAAGGCAAUCUUUGGGUGGAUAAGUAUGCUCCCAGGGGAUACACAGAACUUCUUAGUGAUGAGACUAUCAACCGUACUGUACUCUCUUGGUUGAAACAGUGGGACUAUGUUGUUUUUGGUAAGGAGGUGAAGCAACCAAAAAAGCGUGAUAUUGACUCAAAACAGACGGGUUUCAAAAAAAAGAUUCCCCAAAUCAACCUGGAGUUAGACAAGUUGAACCGACCAAUUCAAAAGAUUGCUUUAUUAUCUGGUCCUCCUGGCCUGGGAAAGACAACACUUUCACAUGUAAUUGCUAAACAUGCAGGAUAUAAUGUAGUUGAAAUGAAUGCAAGUGAUGAUCGUAGCAUGGAAGUAUUUAAAACCAAAUUGGAGUCUGCUAUUCUUAUGAAGUCUGUGAUGGAAUCUGAUCCAAGGCCUAACUGUUUGAUAAUUGAUGAAAUUGAUGGUGCUCCACAGGCAUCAAUCAAUAUCCUUUUGAACAUGCUUAAAGAGGGUCAAACUGGUAAAAAGAAGGAAAAAUGCUUGCUUUACCGUCCUAUCAUCUGCAUUUGCAAUGACCUGUAA